AUGGAGGGCUUUCUGAGCAGAGAAGUCAGCUACUUGUGUCCGGCCGCAGAGGGCGAGGGCAGAGAACUACGAACCAGCCCCAGUGAGGCCAGAGUGGAGGAGACGCCGCCCUUGGCCAAUUCCACUGCCAAAGCAGUCACAUCCCAGCCUCAGAAAAAGCUGCUGACCCGGUGGCUGGUGCCUACGAGCCGAGGGAAGGAGCUGCUGCGGAAGGCCAUCAGAAACCAGGGGGGCAGCAGCCGAGGAGGCAGUGGGGGCAGCAACAGCCUCCUGGCCAAUGCCCGCUCCUGGGGAGUGCGGAUUCUACACGUGGACGAAAUGCUGCUGCACCUGCAGCAGCUGUCUCCUGGCGCCCUGCCUGUGAGGGAGCAGGAAGCACAGAAGCCAGAGGGAGUGCGUCCCGCAGCAGAGGCCAGACGGCGGAAAGUGGCCAGGCUGAAGGUGCCGUUCCUCAAGAUUGAAGACAAGAGCAGGGACCAAGAGCCAAGCCCCCAGUCAGCGGCCUGCCGGGCGCUCCCAAAGAAGAGGGGGUACUGCGAGUGCUGCCAGCAGGCCUUUGAGGGGCUGCGCCUGCACCUGCAGAGCGCGCAGCACCAGGGCUUCGUCCAAGAAGCAAAUCCUUACGCCGAAGUGGACCGCAUUGUCGCCCAGCUCAGCUACAGCGUCCCCUUCCAGGCCGACCUCCCUGGGUCUCCCAGGACCCCCAACAGAGAUCACGACCCCAGUCUGGCCAAGAACCCAGGAGGUUUGGGGGCCCGGGGUCCUGCCGGAGCUCUGUACUGGGGAAGCUCAUCCCCGGAGGGGGACCCUGAAGCCCCCCAGGUCACGGAGCCCAGCCGUCUUGUGGGGGAGAGCAACGGGGGUGAGGUCCGGAAGCAGCAGCUGGACACCAGGGUUCGCCAAGAGCCUCCUGGGGGGCCGCCUGUACACCUGGCCCGGGUGAGUUUCGUCAUCCCAGCCUUCAACUCCAACUUCACCCUGGACCUGGAGCUGAACCAUCACCUCCUCUCCUCGCAAUACGUGGAGCGUCAUUUCAGCCGAGAGGGGGCCGCCCAGCGCAGCACUGGUGCUGGGGACCACUGCUACUACCAGGGGAAGCUCCGGGGGGACCCGAACUCCUUUGCUGCUCUAGCCACCUGCCAUGGCCUGCAAGGGGUCUUCUCCGAUGGGAACUUUACUUACACUGUGGAGCCCCGUGAGAUGGCUGGUCCUCGGGAAGCCCCCCAGGGACCCUUUCCUCACCUUAUUUACCGGACCCCUCUCCUCGAAGCCCCCAUCAGAUGCAGGGAGCCAGGUUGCCUGUUUGCUGCCCCUGCCCAUCCUGCCCCCCCGCACUGGCUGAGGCUGAGAAGGAAAAGGCAGGUCCGCAGGGGCCAUCCCACAGUGCACAGCGAGACAAAGUAUGUGGAGCUGAUUGUCAUCAAUGACCACCAGCUGUUUGAGCAGAUGCGGCAGUCCGUGGUCCUCACCAGCAACUUCGCCAAGUCUGUGGUGAACUUGGCCGACGUGAUAUUCAAGGAACAGCUCAACACCCGCAUUGUGCUGGUGGCCAUGGAAACAUGGGCCGAUGGGGACAAGAUCCAGGUGCAGGAUGACCUCCUGGAGACCCUGGCCCGGCUCAUGGUCUACCGGCGGGAGGGCCUGCCUGAGCCCAGUGAUGCCACCCACCUCUUUUCGGGCAGAACUUUCCAGAGUACCAGCAGCGGAGCUGCCUACAUGGGGGGCGUCUGCUCCAUGGCCCGGGGUGGGGGCGUGAACGAGUUUGGCAACGUGGGAGCCAUGGCGGUGACCCUGGCCCAGACGCUGGGGCAGAACCUGGGCAUGAUGUGGAACAAACACCGGAGCUCUGCAGGGGACUGCAAGUGCCCGGACAUUUGGCUGGGUUGCAUCAUGGAGGACACUGGGUUCUACCUGCCCCGCAAGUUCUCGCGCUGCAGCAUCGAUGAGUACAACCAGUUUCUGCAGGAGGGCGGCGGGAGCUGCCUCUUCAACAAGCCCCUCAAGCUCCUGGACCCCCCAGAGUGCGGGAACGGCUUCGUGGAAACCGGGGAGGAAUGCGAUUGCGGCUCUGUGCAGGAGUGCAGCCGCUCGGGCGGGAACUGCUGCAAGAAGUGCACCCUGACCCAUGACGCCAUGUGCAGCGACGGGCUCUGCUGUCGCCGCUGCAAGUACGAGCCUCGGGGCGUGUCCUGCCGAGAAGCGGUGAACGAGUGUGACAUCGCAGAGACCUGUACCGGGGACUCUAGCCAGUGCCCCCCUAACCUGCACAAGCUGGAUGGUUACUACUGCGACCAGGAGCAGGGUCGCUGCUACGGUGGCCGAUGCAAAACCCGAGACCGGCAAUGCCGGGCCCUCUGGGGCCAUGCUGCUGCCGACCGCUUCUGCUAUGAGAAACUGAAUGUGGAGGGGACAGAGCGUGGGAACUGCGGGCGCAAAGGGUCCGGAUGGGUCCAGUGCAGUAAGCAGGAUGUGCUCUGUGGCUUCCUCCUCUGUGUCAACAUCUCUGGGGCCCCUCGUCUGGGGGACCUGGGAGGAGACAUCAGCAGUGUCACCUUCUACCAUCAGGGCAAGGAGCUGGACUGCAGGGGAGGCCAUGUGCAGUUGGCCGAUGGCUCGGACCUGAGCUACGUGGAGGACGGCACAGCCUGCGGUCCCAACAUGCUGUGCCUGGAGCACCGCUGCUUGCCCGCUGCGGCCUUCAACUUCAGCACCUGCCCUGGAAGUGGGGAUCGCCGGGUCUGCUCUCACCAUGGGGUAGGGAGUCCAGAGGUGGCCCAGUGCCUGGAGGGUUGGGGGUUUGGCCUGUGA